AUGCCUUCGCUCGUCCCCGACGAAGAGACUGCGCCUGGUCGCCUACUACUGCUCUCCAACCGACUGCCCAUCACUAUCAAGCGUUCCGACGAUGGCAGUUACUCCUUCUCCAUGUCCUCUGGUGGUCUCGUCACCGGCCUCAGUGGUCUGUCCAAAACCACCAGCUUUCAAUGGUACGGAUGGCCAGGCCUCGAAGUUCCCGAGAACGAGAUUGCCGGCAUGAAGCAGCGUCUCAAGGACGAAUACGAUGCUCAUCCUGUCUUCAUUGACGACGAGCUCGCUGACAAGCACUACAACGGCUUCUCUAACUCUAUUCUCUGGCCGCUUUUCCACUACCACCCCGGCGAAAUCACAUUUGACGAGAGCGCAUGGGCCGCUUACCGCGAAGUCAACCGCUUGUUUGCCAAGGCUGUCGUCCAGGACGUUCAGGAUGGCGAUCUGAUCUGGGUUCACGACUACCAUCUGAUGUUGCUGCCUGAGAUGCUUCGCGAGGAAAUCGGCGACUCCAAGAAGAACGUCAAGAUUGGCUUCUUCCUGCACACGCCUUUCCCUUCUUCUGAAAUUUACCGCAUCCUUCCCGUUCGCGAAGCCCUCCUGACGGGCGUCCUCGACUGCGAUCUAAUCGGAUUCCACACCUACGACUACGCUCGUCACUUCUUGAGCAGUUGCUCUCGCAUUCUUGGAACUCCUACGACCCCCAAUGGUGUUGAUUACAAUGGCAAAUUCGUCACCGUUGGCGCAUUCCCCAUCGGUAUUGAUCCUGAGAAGUUCGUCGAAGGCCUCAAGAAACCCAAGGUCCAGGAGCGCAUUGACGCUCUUACGCGCAAGUUCAAUGGAGUGAAACUCAUUUACACGUCAUCCUGGUGGGGACAGUCCUUCGUCGCCGAGAUGACUCGCCUCUCCCAGGAGGCGACGCAGUCCAAGACGUUGAAGAACAUUGGCGGCAACGUGGUUGGUCAGGUCACCAAGGCGAUUCAGGGCGCCGUCGAUAGCGUCACCGGUAGCAAGGAUGGCGCGGAAGAUGCAAAGGAGACGAAGGCGGUAAAGCAAGAAGCAUAA